AUGCCACCUGCGCAGCGCCGGGUGUUGGUGAUCGGUGGCAGCUUCUCGGGGCUGGCCGCCGGCCGUGAUCUUGCCAACCACUUCCUGGUGACCAUCAUCGAUGCCAAGGAGUUCUUCGAGUACACUCCCGGCGUGCUGCGCGCCUAUGUGAAACCGAAGCACUUGGAUGCCCUGACCUUCACUCUGCAGCCGGUCAUCGAGACCCGCAUGGGCUGCAAGUUCAUCUGGGGCGAAGUCAAGGAGCUGAACGGCGACGAGAAGACUGAGAGUAUCCACCUGCUGGCCAUAGCUGAAGAUGAAACCAUCGACUUCGACUACUGCCUCAUCUGCGCCGGCUGCAAUUUCGGUCCCUUCCACAAGUUGGGUGGGGUGAGUCUCUGUGGUUCCCCACCAUCCAUGAAGAUGCACGGCUCCUGGCCGCACCUCGACGAGCGAUUCUUGGAGGGUCGACGACGACACAUCCUCGAGGAGCGACGCGGCUGCAGUCGGUUCAACUUCAUCAAGGGUCUGAACGAGAAAGGCGCCACCAUCCUGGUGGUGGGCGCAGGUUUCAUCGGCGUGGAGUGGGUCACCGAGCUCCAGCACUUCUUCCCAAGGCUGAAGCUGACCAUCAUCGACUUCCUGCCGCAGCCCCUUGGCCCACUGCCGGCAACAGCGGCCAAGUACUGCGAGCCCCGGCGGCAGCUUCAGUUCAGCUGUGAAACGGAGAGCUACAUGAAGAAAGUGGGCAUCAAGCAGUUCUACAACACCAAGUAUGAUGCCAAGGAUCCCGAAUUUUGGAAGAAGAUCGAGCUGCCGAGCGGGCCCGACAAGGAGUACGUGUGCAUCGGCGUGAAGGCGUCGAACUAUUUCAUGCCCAAAGAGACCCUCAGCGAGAAAGGGCCGGGCGGCGGCGGCUGGAUCCUGAUGGAGCAGAGCCUGGCCGUGAAGACCCGUGAGGGCAAGUUGUGGGGAGGUGACGAGAAGGGCUUCCCACGCAUCUACGCGGUGGGCGACUGCAACUACUCCUGUGUCGAGGAGCCGGGCAAGAAGCCCAACGAGUGGCCCAUCCCGCCGAUUCCCAAGAUCUCCUAUCCGGGUGAGGAGAUGUGCAUUGUGGCGUGCACCAACAUCGAGAAGACGGACAGGCUGCUGUUCCAGAACAAGACCGUCGACUGCUGUGGUGAUCCGCUGAAGAUUGCGAACAUGCACUGGCCUUGGGGAGCUGGCAUGUUCGCCACCUCGCUGGGCCCCGACGAUGCUUGCUUCGUGGCCGGAGCCAAUUGGGAGAAGAACUCCGGCCUCAUGUGCGUCUGGGGCCAGGUUUGCGCGGUCCAGAAGGAGGUCAUCGAGGCCUCAAAGACGGACGAGUGCGCCUAUGGCUUCAUCGGCCGCUGCAUCUGGUACUUCGUGCACCACACGCCUGUGCGCCGGGUGCUGGUGAUCGGCGGCAGCUUCUCGGGGCUGGCCGCCGGCCGUGAUCUUGCCAACCACUUCCUGGUGACCAUCAUCGAUGCCAAGGAGUUCUUCGAGUACACUCCCGGCGUGCUGCGCGCCUAUGUGAAACCGAAGCACUUGGAUGCCCUGACCUUCACUCUGCAGCCGGUCAUCGAGACCCGCAUGGGCUGCAAGUUCAUCUGGGGCGAAGUCAAGGAGCUGAACGGCGACGAGAAGACUGCGACUUACAAGCCUAUGUUCCAAUCGGGAAAGGAAACCAUCGACUUCGACUACUGCCUCAUCUGCGCCGGCUGCAAUUUCGGUCCCUUCCACAAGUGGGGUGAGUCUCUGUGGUUCCCCACCAUCCAUGAAGAUGCACGGCCAGAAGGCUCCUGGCCGCACCUCGACGAGCGAUUCUUGGAGGGUCGACGACGACACAUCCUCGAGGAGUUCAACUUCAUCAAGGGUCUGAACGAGAAAGGCGCCACCAUCCUGGUGGUGGGCGCAGGUUUCAUCGGCGUGGAGUGGGUCACCGAGCUCCAGCACUUCUUCCCAAGGCUGAAGCUGACCAUCAUCGACUUCCUGCCGCAGCCCCUUGGCCCACUGCCGGCAACAGCGGCCAAGUACUGCGAGCCCCGGCGGCAGCUUCAGUUCAGCUGUGAAACGGAGAGCUACAUGAAGAAAGUGGGCAUCAAGCAGUUCUACAACACCAAGUAUGAUGCCAAGGAUCCCGAAUUUUGGAAGAAGAUCGAGCUGCCGAGCGGGCCCGACAAGGAGUACGUGUGCAUCGGCGUGAAGGCGUCGAACUAUUUCAUGCCCAAAGAGACCCUCAGCGAGAAAGGGCCGGGCGGCGGCGGCUGGAUCCUGAUGGAGCAGAGCCUGGCCGUGAAGACCCGUGAGGGCAAGUUGUGGGGAGGUGACGAGAAGGGCUUCCCACGCAUCUACGCGGUGGGCGACUGCAACUACUCCUGUGUCGAGGAGCCGGGCAAGAAGCCCAACGAGUGGCCCAUCCCGCCGAUUCCCAAGAUCUCCUAUCCGGGCGAGGAGAUGUGCAUUGUGGCGUGCACCAACAUCGAGAAGACGGACAGGCUGCUGUUCCAGAACAAGACCGUCGACUGCUGUGGCGAUCCGCUGAAGAUUGCGAACAUGCACUGGCCUUGGGGAGCUGGCAUGUUCGCCACCUCGCUGGGCCCCGACGAUGCUUGCUUCGUGGCCGGAGCCAAUUGGGAGAAGAACUCCGGCCUCAUGUGCGUCUGGGGCCAGGUCUGCGCGGUCCAGAAGGAGGUCAUCGAGGCCUCAAAGACGGACGAGUGCGCCUAUGGCUUCAUCGGCCGCUGCAUCUGGUACUUCGUGCACCACACGCCUGUGCGCCGGGUGCUGGUGAUCGGCGGCAGCUUCUCGGGGCUGGCCGCCGGCCGUGAUCUUGCCAACCACUUCCUGGUGACCAUCAUCGAUGCCAAGGAGUUCUUCGAGUACACUCCCGGCGUGCUGCGCGCCUAUGUGAAACCGAAGCACUUGGAUGCCCUGACCUUCACUCUGCAGCCGGUCAUCGAGACCCGCAUGGGCUGCAAGUUCAUCUGGGGCGAAGUCAAGGAGCUGAACGGCGACGAGAAGACUGCGACUUACAAGCCUAUGUUCCAAUCGGGAAAGGAAACCAUCGACUUCGACUACUGCCUCAUCUGCGCCGGCUGCAAUUUCGGUCCCUUCCACAAGUGGGGUGAGUCUCUGUGGUUCCCCACCAUCCAUGAAGAUGCACGGCCAGAAGGCUCCUGGCCGCACCUCGACGAGCGAUUCUUGGAGGGUCGACGACGACACAUCCUCGAGGAGUUCAACUUCAUCAAGGGUCUGAACGAGAAAGGCGCCACCAUCCUGGUGGUGGGCGCAGGUUUCAUCGGCGUGGAGUGGGUCACCGAGCUCCAGCACUUCUUCCCAAGGCUGAAGCUGACCAUCAUCGACUUCCUGCCGCAGCCCCUUGGCCCACUGCCGGCAACAGCGGCCAAGUACUGCGAGAGCUACAUGAAGAAAGUGGGCAUCAAGCAGUUCUACAACACCAAGUAUGAUGCCAAGGAUCCCGAAUUUUGGAAGAAGAUCGAGCUGCCGAGCGGGCCCGACAAGGAGUACGUGUGCAUCGGCGUGAAGGCGUCGAACUAUUUCAUGCCCAAAGAGACCCUCAGCGAGAAAGGGCCGGGCGGCGGCGGCUGGAUCCUGAUGGAGCAGAGCCUGGCCGUGAAGACCCGUGAGGGCAAGUUGUGGGGAGGUGACGAGAAGGGCUUCCCACGCAUCUACGCGGUGGGCGACUGCAACUACUCCUGUGUCGAGGAGCCGGGCAAGAAGCCCAACGAGUGGCCCAUCCCGCCGAUUCCCAAGAUCUCCUAUCCGGGCGAGGAGAUGUGCAUUGUGGCGUGCACCAACAUCGAGAAGACGGACAGGCUGCUGUUCCAGAACAAGACCGUCGACUGCUGUGGCGAUCCGCUGAAGAUUGCGAACAUGCACUGGCCUUGGGGAGCUGGCAUGUUCGCCACCUCGCUGGGCCCCGACGAUGCUUGCUUCGUGGCUGGAGCCAAUUGGGAGAAGAACUCCGGCCUCAUGUGCGUCUGGGGCCAGGUCUGCGCGGUCCAGAAGGAGGUCAUCGAGGCAUCAAAGACGGACGAGUGCGCCUAUGGCUUCAUCGGCCGCUGCAUCUGGUACUUCGUGCACCACACGCCCGUGCACCUCUUCGGUGGCGGCCCCCGAUGGGGCUACUGA